CAAAUCGUUGGGUGAUUUAAUGGAGACAGAAGUGACAAUCAGUGACUUUACUGGUGGAGUAAACCGCUCAAGGGGAAUUCUGCCGGUGGAGCUGACCGUUGGGAAUAGAACUCUCAUGUGUGCAUUCUUUGUGGUUGACACCAUUGCCACUUAUAAUGCAUUGCUUGGGAGAGAUUGGAUACAUUCCAGCUGGUGCGUUCCUUCAACUCUGCAUCAGAAAUUAAUAUUCUGGAACGGUGGCAGAACUGAAGUCGUGACAGCAGAUGACAAACCGUUUGUGGCAAGUACCAAUGCUGUGGAAGCUCGUUAUUAUGAUGAAGUUAUUGGGACUAUCCGUUUCUUCGGGAUGGACCGCUAUGGCAGACCUUCUGGAAUUACUGCCUGCACCAGAUCUGCAAUGGACAGACAGACUGUGAAGGAGGUGUGUGAUGAACUACUUCGGCCUACAGCAAUUGUUCCUUUUAGGCCGAGGGAGGAACCUGAAAUCGAAGAAAUUCCAUGAAGCAAGACCGAAUUAAGCAUAAGAAAAAGGAGGCCGUGGAAGAAAUCAAGAGAAAGUUAGCGGCUUACCUUGCUGAAAAACAAAUCUGUGUAGACAGA